UUGCAGUAAAUACGAAUUGUUAACCACAUAAAACCAAUUACUGGUUGAGUUAAUGCCAUGAAAUUAAGUAGAGUUUGUGAUGCCAUGAGGCAAAUAUCCUGUUAAGUGUGACAGUGUUGGUAAGCUUCUAUUCAAGACCGCCACCAUGCUCUGUUCAUGCAGUCUCAUGUUUGCAUGUGCACAUUGUAUGGCUUCCUGAAGCAGUUUAUACUGCUUAUGUUCUGGACUAGCUACAGUUCGUUACGGAUUGUCACGAGCGACAGUUUGUAAUACCGCUCCCAACCGCAAGGUGGCGGACAUAACCUUUCAGACCAGUAACAGGACCCUCAACAUUUCGUCCUGGUGGCAUUCAGCGUUUACUCACGGGGAGGAACUGAUCCUGGAGCAGUUAUCGCUGACGGCUAGCGGCUGUUGUUCGGCGUUGCAAUCAUUACAGCUGACCACAGAUCAGCUGUCAGUCAAUCAAGAGCACGCUGAGGAGGACGAGCAGCGCCGAGGAGCCGCGAGAAUAAAGAUGGAGGACAGGGCACCUCAGUGGAGGAGCGCCCAUGGGUCUGUCACACCUCUCGGUCCCCUUCCUCCUCCUCCUCUUCCUCUUCCUCCUCCUCCUCCUCUUCCACUCUCGUCUCUCCGGCUCCUCUCUGUCACCGACCUUCACCCAUGGCGUUGUCCUCCCCCGCGUCCCCCGGACGGCUGCGGCGGGUCCCGUCCUGGAGGAGCGGCCCUUUGUUGUGGUGUGGAACGUGCCGACGGCCCGGUGCCACAAGCGCUUCAACGUCCAUCUGGACCUGGGCCACUUUGACAUCGUGGAGAACAGGCAGCAGAGCUUCCAGGGACAGAAAAUGACCAUCUUCUACCGGGAUCACCUGGGGAAAUAUCCGUACCUCUCACGGGGCAGCAUGGUUAACGGAGGGAUACCGCAGCUCGGCGACCUCUCUGCUCACCUUUCUCUUGCAACAACGCAGAUGUCCGGUCUGCUGCAGCCAAACUUCAACGGUAUAGCCGUUAUCGACUGGGAAGAAUGGCGGCCAUUGUGGGAGAGAAACUUUGGAACCAAGCUGGAGUACCGCAGGCAGUCCAAGCUGCUGGUGAGACAGGAGAGACCCGAUUUGUCAGAGAGCGCAACCACUAUGUUGGCCAAGCUGAAGUUUGAGGAGAGUGCUCGGAGGUUCAUGGGGGAGACACUGCGGUCGGCGGUCAGAGUUCAUCCCAAGGGACUCUGGGGCUUUUACGGUUUUCCAAGUUGCCUAAAUAAGCAGAAGAGAAAGACAGAUAAAAGCUACACUGGACGCUGUCAGAGGGGGUACAAGGACCAAAAUGACCGUCUGUCCUGGCUCUGGAGUCAGUCCACUGCUCUCUAUCCCAGUAUCUACCUGCCGCAAAGGAUGGCAGGAUCCACGGAGGCAGCGCUGAUGGUCAGACACAGACUGUUGGAGGCUUUGAGGGUGGCGUCGGUUUGGCACCACAGGACCAACCCCGGACAGGCCACGCCAGUCCUUCCCUACGCCAGGCUAGCGUUCACACACUCGCUCACUUUUCUCAAUACGACCGACCUGGUGCACACAUUGGGGGAGAGUGCGGCCCUUGGAGCGGCUGGCGUGGUGCUGUGGGGGGAGUUGAAAUUUGCCAAAUCCAAGCAUCAGUGCGGCCUUCUCAGGGACUACAUACACACUGUCCUGGGGCCCUUCCUUCAAUCACUGAGAUCCAACAUAAAGCGCUGCAGCCUCCAACUUUGCCACGGCAACGGCCGCUGCGCCAGACGAAACCCCAGCUCCAGUCACAUGGUCACCUCGAGUCCACCCGCGACCUCUGACCCUGAGGAAAUCAACAUGCUCACUGGCUCAGGCAAAGGCACAUGUUACGCCAAACACUUCAUGUGUCAGUGCUACCCGGGCUGGACUGGACACGAAUGUCAAGAGGAAGAGGAGCUCACAUAACCCAAACUUUUCUGUCAAGGGGUGGUCAAAUGUAAGAUUUGUGAAUUGUGAAGUAUAAUUUGCAUGAUAAUAGUGUUAUAAAAGGACACAUUU